UCCUGACCUAAUCUCGUGCUCCGGGCUCCAAUCGGCUGUCGUUGUAGUUGUGCGUCGCCGCCGAAGCCUGACACGCCAUCCGGCCGGAGUCUCCGCCGCCCUGCCCCCUCCCCCUUCCCUCCAGGACUCGUGCAGGCCCUUCCUGCUGUUCCGCCCUCCCUCGUGCGAACCUCCAUCCGCCCCGGCGGGUAUUCGUCUAGCGCCGGCCGUCCGGAGCUGCGCCGCGCCACAAGGGUCAUCAGGGGGCUUUACAGACUAUUCAAACUCAAUCCACAGUUUCUCUGUUGUUCCAACCAAACAACUGUCAACUUUCUCACAGUUCUCAGCUCACAUCUGCUUUCCCACAGUUCACAGCAGUUUUUCCAAAAUCUUCAUCUGAACCAAUCACACCCUAAUGAUUUGAUUGGCUGCUCCAUAUUAGUUUUACACUUACUAAAGUCUAGUUCUAUCCCUGUUGAACAGGGCAUCAGCAUUGUCAAUUGGAGAGGCUUGGAGCUGCUUCAUCAUCCUUAGGAGAGUAGCAAACAAGAUAUGGAUUCAGUGCCACUCACUGCUGAAGCUAUUGCCUUUACUGAGAAAAAGAUGGACAUGACUCUGGAGGAUAUUAUUAAGAUGUCAAAGAAAAAAGUUCCUGCAGGCAAGAAAGCCCCUAGACAGCAGGUAAAAAAGCGUCCUUUCCAGAAUGGUAAUAGUAAUCAAGGGAAGGCAAAGGUUCAGCGAUUUCAUGAGUCUAGAUCAUCUAUCCGACAAGGUGUUCUGGCACAAAGGAGGUCAAAUCUUGAUGCAAAUCAGUUCCAAAUCACAAAGCAGGCUGCAAACAAGGCUGCUACUAUGCCUGUGCGUGGUAGGGCUGACAGAUGGAACAAACCAAGUGGCCCGUCUACCUCAGCACAGAGGAGGCCCGUAAGCGAGGCUCUUCAGAACAGCAAGGGUAAGGAGAUGCAGAAUGAGCCUCCAAGGACAAUGGAUGCGCUCUUUGCACAGAUGAAGCAGCAGCGGAUGAGGAUCAUGCCACCGCAGCAGUCAAAUGCUACCCGUGGCCAUCAGGUUAACCAGCAGCGGCGUGGUCAGCAGCAGCAGCGGCGAGGCAGAGGGGUAUAUGGUGUCCGCAGUGGUGGUGGUAACCGAUGAGCACGGCAUAACAUUAAAGCCCUUGUUAUCACUCGUAUUCCUCGGAAGGGAGAAGCCGCCUCACCCCUGGAAUUCUACCCGGCCAUUUGUAUUCUCUGCAAGCUGUGAGCAGAAUCUUAACCGAAGUUUAUAGGCAGUUUUCUACUAGUUUUUGUUUCAAUUUCCCAAUGUAAAUUGUUUGCUAGUCCUUUGGUUCCUACCGUAUGAUUACAUAUGGGAAUUGGUAUAUUACUGACUGCUUUGGUUGAUAAGUAUCGUACUCUGCCAGAUGAGAGUAAAAUGGCAAAGGUGAA